AUGCGUGAAGUAAUCUCAGUUCACAUUGGUCAAGCAGGAGUCCAAAUCGGAAAUGCGUGUUGGGAGCUUUAUUGCCUCGAACACGGAAUUCAACCCGAUGGAAAGAUGCCAACAGAAUCAACAAUUCAAGGAGAGUCCUUCACAACUUUCUUCUCGGAUACCGGAUCUGGACACUAUGUACCCAGAUCUAUUUUCGUUGAUCUCGAACCAACUGUCAUUGAUGAAAUUCGUACUGGACAAUACAAGAAAUUGUUCCAUCCAGAACAAAUGAUUACUGGAAAAGAAGAUGCAGCUAAUAAUUAUGCACGUGGACAUUAUACAGUUGGAAAAGAACUAAUUGAUACUGUACUCGAUAGAAUUCGUCGUCUCGCUGACAAUUGUAGUGGACUUCAAGGAUUCUUUGUGUUCCAUUCAUUUGGUGGAGGAACUGGAUCUGGAUUUACUUCACUUCUUAUGGAACGCCUCUCCGUGGACUAUGGAAAGAAAUCGAAACUCGAAUUCUCUGUCUAUCCGGCUCCACAAGUCUCCACUGCUGUCGUUGAGCCAUACAACUCAAUUCUCACUACUCAUACUACAUUGGAGCACUCAGAUUGUGCUUUCAUGGUUGACAAUGAGGCUAUCUACGACAUCUGUCGCAGAAAUUUGGAUGUUGGACGCCCAAGCUACACAAAUCUCAACAGAAUCAUCUCACAGGUUGUGUCAUCGAUUACUGCCUCCUUGAGAUUUGACGGAGCUCUCAAUGUUGACUUGAACGAAUUCCAAACUAACCUGGUUCCAUACCCAAGAAUUCAUUUCCCACUCGCCGCCUACACUCCACUCAUCUCUGCUGAAAAAGCUUAUCACGAGGCUCUCUCUGUUAGUGAUAUCACCAAUAGCUGUUUCGAACCAGCCAACCAAAUGGUUAAAUGUGAUCCAAGACAAGGAAAAUACAUGGCUGUUUGCCUCUUGUAUCGCGGAGAUGUUGUUCCAAAGGAUGUGAAUACGGCCAUCGCUGCAAUCAAGACCAAGAGAACUAUUCAAUUCGUUGAUUGGUGCCCAACUGGAUUCAAAGUAGGAAUCAACUAUCAGCCACCAACUGUGGUUCCAGGAGGAGAUCUUGCCAAGGUGCCACGUGCCGUUUGCAUGCUCUCCAAUACCACAGCAAUUGCUGAGGCCUGGUCUCGUUUGGACUACAAGUUCGACUUGAUGUAUGCCAAACGUGCCUUUGUUCACUGGUACGUUGGAGAAGGAAUGGAGGAAGGAGAGUUCACUGAGGCACGUGAGGAUAUGGCUGCUCUUGAGAAGGAUUACGAGGAGGUCGGAGCCGAUUCAAACGAUGCUGCCCAAGAUGAGGGAGAAGAAUAUUAA